AAGGGAUAACUAACCAGGGAUUAAUUUGAGAAUGAAUUUAUCUCAUGUUUGGUUGGGAUACAAUCGCAAUAUAACAUUAUUUUUAUUCCACAUUGAGAGUGGAAUAACCAAAGGUUUUGGGUUGCGAGUACUGGGAAUAAAAAAAAUCCUGUUAGAGCGCCACCCUCGAAUGGGCCUGCAGUGCACGAUCCGGAUUUAGUAGGGGUUGCACGGGCUCCGAACAUCGGAUGGAAAACAAACAAAAAAAAACUAUCCCGGGGUAAUUAAUUCCGGGAUAACUUGUUCCCCAACCAAAUAAGCCCUAAGAUUACUAGAGCUUCAUAAUGGUGAGGCUAACAUUCUGCGUCUUAAUUAGAUACAUAAUUGCUACCUAGAGAAUGCACUCUGAGUGAAUCCAAAAAUAGGGGUAUGCCACCAUUUGCAACGAGCACACGGUAUUCUGUAGCAAAAGCGAUAAUAAAAUGGCUGACGGAGAAGAUAUUCAACCACUUGUCGUUGACAAUGGAACUGGAAUGGUCAAGGCUGGUUUUGCUGGGGAUGAUGCUCCAAGAGCAGUUUUUCCAAGUAUAGUUGGUCGUCCUCGUUACACUGGCGUCAUGGUUGGAAUGGGACAAAAAGAUGCCUAUGUUGGUGAUGAAGCUCAGUCCAAAAGAGGUAUUUUGACUUUAAAAUAUCCGAUUGAACAUGGUAUAGUAAGCAACUGGGAUGAUAUGGAGAAAAUCUGGCAUCACACUUUUUACAAUGAGCUCCGAGUGGCUCCAGAGGAGCAUCCCAUUCUUCUGACUGAGGCACCACUUAACCCCAAGGCGAACCGAGAGAAAAUGACUCAAAUCAUGUUUGAGACAUUCAAUGUGCCAGCCAUGUAUAUUGCAAUCCAGGCUGUUCUAUCUCUUUAUGCUAGUGGUCGUACAACUGGUAUUGUUCUCGAUUCUGGUGAUGGUGUGAGCCACACUGUUCCUAUCUAUGAGGGAUAUGCACUUCCCCAUGCUAUCUUGCGGUUAGAUCUUGCUGGUCGUGAUCUUACAGAUUAUCUUAUGAAGAUUCUCACCGAGAGAGGUUAUUCAUUCACCACUGCUGCUGAACGGGAGAUUGUUCGUGAUGUGAAGGAGAAGCUUGCAUAUGUUGCACUGGAUUAUGAACAGGAGCUCGAGACUUCAAAAAACGGCAAGGAUGUUGAGAAGAGCUAUGAGCUUCCCGAUGGACAAAUAAUCACUAUUGGUGCUGAGAGGUUCCGUUGCCCUGAAGUCCUCUUCCAGCCAUCAUUGAUUGGAAUGGAAGCAGCUGGAAUUCAUGAAACAACAUAUAGCUCAAUCAUGAAGUGUGAUGUCGAUAUUAGGAGAGAUUUAUACGGAAACGUUGUGCUCAGUGGUGGCUCAACUAUGUUCCCUGGCAUAACGGAUCGUAUGAGCAAGGAAAUCACUGCUCUUGCUCCAAGCAGCAUGAAGAUCAAGGUUGUUGCGCCACCUGAGAGGAAGUACAGUGUCUGGAUUGGAGGAUCAAUUCUAGCUUCCCUCAGUACUUUCCAACAAAUGUGGAUAACGAAGGGCGAGUACGAUGAAUCUGGUCCAGCAAUUGUCCACAGGAAGUGCUUCUAAGAUUGGUUUUGAGAACUUUAAUCGUAUUUAGUUAAUUUCCCAUCAAAUGAAUUCUAUUUGUUAGAGCUCUACCUUUUGUGUAAUGUGAAUUUGUUUGGUAACACUUUAUGUUAUUGAAAUUGCAAGCCUAGAUUCUUGUUCA